AUGAAGCUGAAACUCCUCCUUAGCUUCGGCUGCUUGGUAGCCGCUGUGGCUGCAGAUGCCUCUUAUGAGGAUUCCGAUAUGUCAAGCCAGUUUCUCGCUGCGUCAAUGCCCAACUUUCUCUUAAUCAUGACCGAUGAUCAGGAUCUGAAGUUGGACUCCCUCUCCUAUACGCCAUUGACUAUGAAUCAUAUGGCAAAGAAAGGCACAACCUUUGCCAACCAUUUCGUCACUACCGCUCUGUGCUGUCCGUCUCGUGUCAGUCUGCUCACUGGGCGCCAGGCACAUAAUACGAACGUAACCGAUGUCAACCCACCCUGGGGAGGAUAUCCCAAGUUUGUUGAACGCGGGUUCAAUGAGAACUAUCUUCCCGUUUGGAUGCAACAGGCUGGCUAUGAUACCUAUUACACUGGAAAACUGAUGAACGGUCACUCUCUUGAGAACUAUGACAGUCCUCAUGCUGCAGGCUUCAAUGGAUCAGACUUUGUUCUGGACCCUUACACCUAUGACUACAUGAAUGCCACGUACCAGCGGAAUCACGAAAAGCCUGUCAAUUACCUGGGCCGUCACACGACUGAGGUUCUCCGCGAGAAGGCAAUGGGAUUCCUGAGACGACGCUAUAGCUGGUGA